AUUCCACAGCAUAGAUACACUCUAGUACCACAAGGCAGGCUUCCGCACGUCCUUGUCCUUCCUUGGGCUCCGGCGGGCAGGAAUUGCAGGCGAAAGCCAAGUCUGCCUGGGUUGGAGAGGACAAAGGAGGCGCGCGCCCUGUUGCCCCGGCAACCGCGGCCCGGGAGGAGCUGCUUGGAUGUUGCCCUCCAGCUUGAUCACUAGCCGGAGAGAAAAACACCUUUGCACAACAGCAGCAGUCGGGAAUGUCAACAAGCUUUGACGAACAGUAUUCCCAAGCCUGUGAAGAACACAAACAGCCUGAAAAUCCAUAUGUAGCUCACAUUCUCCGAGAAUUGAAGCAGGAUGAAGAAACUGAAGAAACUGAAGAAAUAGUGGCAAAAAAGAUCACCAUAAAAAUAGCUGGGAAUAAUCGCUUGGUACCUGUGCAGAAAGUGACAGAUGCUGACUUCCAGAUCCUUGCGACUCUGUUUACAAACAACAUCUUCCUUACAGGAUUGGACUUGAGAUAUAACCUGUUAACAGAUGCUGGUGCAGUACACGUUGCAGCUUUCCUCCAGGAUAAUCACACCUUACUUUACCUCAAUCUGAUGUUUAAUGACAUUGGUACCAUUGGAGCAGAAUUCAUAGCAAAAGCUCUGCAUAGGAAUGAAACCCUGCUUCACCUCAGAAUGACUGGCAACAAGAUCGAAAACAAGGGAGGAAUGUAUUUUGCAGCAAUGUUGCAGGUUAAUACCACAAUACAGAAGUUAGAUUUUGCAGACUGUGACCUGCGCACACAGAGUCUCAUAGCUUUAGCAACCGUUCUGAAUCAGCACGAAUCCAUCAGAGCCAUAAACCUAAACCGGCCAAUACUUUACAGUGAAGAGGAAGAGCCCACUGUCCACCUAGCCCUCAUGCUGAAAGUCAACAGCGUCCUUGUUGAACUGCAUUUGUGCAAGCAUGAAAUGAAGAAUUUUGGCGUGGAACGCCUGUGUGAUGCAUUAUACGAGAAUACCACUCUUCGGUAUCUUGAUCUUAGCUGUAACAAAAUUACUCGAGACGGUGUCCAGUUUCUGGGACGGCUGUUGAAAAUUAACAGCACCUUGGAAAUCCUGGAUCUGAAUUUUAACAGGAUAGAAGAUGAUGGCGCUUUCUACCUGAGUGAGGCAUUGACUUCUUAUAACCGGACCCUUCAGGCGUUAGCAGUGACGCACAACAAUAUCACUGGGCAAGGAUUGGUUGCCCUAUCGGAGUCAAUGAAAAUAAACCCAGUCCUUUCCUACAUCUAUAUAUGGGGAAACAAAUUUGAUAACGACACCUGUGUGGCAUUUGCAGACUUAAUUAAGAGUGGCCGCCUAGCGCCAACCGGCACAGAUGUGGAGCCAUAUGAAGUGGAUGGGACGACAUACUUUGCAGAAGUCUCCCAUGGCUUGAAACAGUAUUACUAUUGGACUCCAAGUUAUGGAGACCCUGAAAGCAAACAUGCCAAUGCCUCUCUGGCAUUAUCUCCGGUUACUGAAAACCUAUGAAUCGGACUCCUUAUAUCUUGGGAUUUUUAAAGUUAUAUAUGAUUUGUGUAUCGGCCUUAAAACAAUUACAUAGUUAUGUGAAUGCUAUAAAGUUUGGGACCAUCAUUUUGACAUCGGGUCACAAUAUGAAGGUACUUUGAUUCUACACUUGAGUCCUAAACCAGCAAAAGUUAUCAUAAUGUAUGCUUAUUAAAGAGAGUAAAACUGAAUUUAGUUUCAAUUAAAUUGUUCUAUUGUU